AUGUCUUCCAGAACACAUUCAGGUGGUCACAGAUCAUCUACAAGGAGAGGUCAUGGAGAUCACUCGAGUCGCGCUGAGAUGAACGAGGAGAAUCAUGAGUCAUCAAGGACUCAUUGCAGAACAGGAGUGCAGCCUGCUCCACAGCAUACCAGACAGCAUAGACCUUCUUGGAUGCGCUUUGGCGGGCGGACAGAGCCCCUAGUACUGUUGACAACCGUAAAGAAGAGUCAACGACCAGCCUUGCAUACAAAAACUUCAUCUCAGGGUCGAGGAUCUGCUUCCAAACAAAACAAUCCUGAUUCAUCCAAGGAUACGAGCACCCGUCCGAGCCAUACAGCACAAGAAUCAAGUCUAAAGAGUUCGACAGAGUCCACAACACGCAAGAAGCAGAAGCAGGGACCUACUAGCAGUCUACUUUCUUUCUUCUUUAGCAAUAAACACACUCACCAGGCUGAACCAGUCAAACAAGUCAAACCAGUCAAGAAGUAUGCAUCAACCUACGGUACCCCCUUUUCAUUAAGAGACAUGCUGAUGUCCAAGGACAGAGUAACCUGCAUAAGCUGUUUAGCAGAUGACAUACCUGCAACAAGAGCAGCAAAAUUAGCUUGCUCCCAUCGCAUGUGCUAUUCUUGUCUUCGACGAUUGUUCACUCUGUCUAUUACAGAUCCACAACAACAUAUGCCACCCCGAUGCUGUACGCAGGCGCACGUCCCGAACAAAUUCCAGAAGAAAUGGAAAUCGAAGUACAAAGAAUACACAACAAAAGACAGAUACUACUGUGCCGCCGAGUAUUGUGGUAAAUGGAUCAAACCAAGCGAAAUUGUCAAAGACAGCGCUGGUAAGCCCCGGUAUGGGAAAUGUUCUCGCUGCAAGACCAAAAUAUGUUGUCUCUGUCGCGGCGAGUGGCAUAAAAACCAGGAAGAAUGUCCAAAGGACGAAAAUAUUAGGAAGUUAGAAGAAAUGGCCAAGGAGAACGGCUGGCAACGAUGCUACAGUUGUUCCGCCAUUGUGGAAUUGGUACAUGGCUGCAAUCAUAUGACCUGUCGAUGCAAGGCUCAAUUCUGUAUGAAGUGUGCUAAGCCGUGGAAAACUUGUGAAUGUCCGUUGUUCAAUGAUCAUCCUGAUAGGGAGGAAGGGGAUCGAAUUUUUGGUGAUGAUGCUGGAUGGGUUGAUGAAGAUGAUGACGACUUUUACGUCCGAUUUCCGCCAAGGCCUGAAGCAGUAUGGCGUCGACAAGAGUAUCUUGCACGUCAGUACAUUUUUGCACACCGUGCUCUUGAUUUUCCGCGUAAUUUACGAAUGAGAAUGCAUGAUCAGGAAGCACUGAAUCGGAUUCUUGGAGUGGCUUGA